UGAAUAAGUCUUUCAUAUGACAGUAGAUUUUGGAGUUGUUAUACUAGAAAUGUUUUGUACCGGUUAAAAUAUAUUUAAUAACUCUUAAUUUGACAAGAUGUGAUUAAUUCGUGUAAAAAAGUAGUAAAUUUGUGAAUUUUUUAAUCUAUUUUUAUUGUGUAGAAGUAUUGAAAUAUCAAUAUGUAUAAAUGAAACAUACAACUGGAAAAAGGUGAAAAUUAAUUGAACUUUUCUUGACAUUCAUUAACAUCCAUUGCUUAUGUGUGAUUGAUUUUUCUAAUGAUUGUGGUUGCGUGCCAUCGUUAUGCCGUGAUGUCAAUACCAACACUUCAAUAAGUGGCCGAUCAGACUAAUAUUGAAGUUAUAUACUUGACUGUACCUUUAUUGUAUGGAUAGACAAAAUACUGACAUGUUUAGAAAAUCAGAUUGUCCGAGAGAUUGAUUUUUUAAGUCAUCAUAACAUUUUUAUAUAACGAGGAUUAAUUCAUUUGUCAGUAACUGUGGAAUUUGUUAAAUGUUUUACUUGUAAUCUGAAUACCUUUUUUGUAGUGGAUCUUGAUAUUGCAUGUUAGGAUUUAGAAAGUUCAUAAAACUUCAAUAAAUGUUGCAUGUUUAAUAUGCUUCACAGGGGUUUAACAUUUUUCUUUAUGUACAGUGUGUUUAAAAAGAGAUAUACAUAUAGAUAGCAAAUAAUUCAAUUCUGACAUGAAAAUUGUAUUUCACUAAUGCAAGCACCGUGAAUUGAGGGAUAACUUUUUCCAAUUCUUUCAAAAAAGGAUGAUAUUUGUGUUUUGGAUGUAGCAGUAUAUUGCAUUGAAAUCUUCAUGCAUCCAAUGGGACGACCCAGAGUGCCAGAGACACCGUUAAUCAGUGUUGAACAUGAGAAUCCUUGGGAAGUUAAUCUGUCCUUUCGAUCUGUCAGUAUUGCGCCUUGUAAUGGUCGUAACCAAGGUUUCCGUCACAAUUUUUCAUCCUAUGCAGAAUGGGAAAAGACAUACGGGUAUAACAUAAGUAGUGACAGCGGUAGUGAAAGUGAUAAUGAUGAUUCAGACUCAGAAAGCAAGAAAAAUGGAGAUAACAAGUUACAAGAAGAGUUAUUACGGACCACACAACUGGUUUAUAGCUAUCAAGAUGGCAAAGGAAUGGUACCAAAACUUAGAGAACCCAGGAGUUUGUUUGCAUUGUCUAAAGAACUUGGUCCACAACAAGCAGCUAGAUGGCCAUCAGAAAUUCAAGUGCUGAAUGAAAAAAUAAAACACAUGUAUUAUAUCCCUCCAGAACCUGAACCAUUCUAUAAACCAACUGGAGCAGAAAAAAUGCCAAUGGUAAGAGGAGAAGAAAAUGGCGGAAGACUUGUAUUUAUGUAUGAACCAAAGGCUUGUUUUUUUAUGAGAUCAAGAGUAAAUGGAUGUCGGACAGGACCAGAAAAAGUAACAUGUAACCUGAAAUCUCCUGAGGAUAAAACACUUCUAUUUGAUUCUCGAUUUGAAAGUGGAAAUCUUGCCAGGGCAGUUCAAACGUCUGAAACAGAUUAUGAAUGUUGGCUAAGAUAUGAUUUAUACACAACAAAGAAUACACAAUGGUUUUAUUUUAGAGUAGCAAACACUAGACCUAAUGUAACAUAUAGAUUUACUAUAGUCAAUUUUAUGAAGCCUGACAGUUUAUAUAACUAUGGAAUGAGACCAUUAAUGUACAGUGAGAAGAAUGCUCAAGGCAAAAAGAUAGGAUGGAUACGAUGUGGGGCAGAAAUUAAAUACUACAAAAAUAAUUUAAAGUAUCAAUCGGGUAGAGGAGAGAAGCCAUUCUAUUCAUUAACAUGGACUGUACAAUUUCCAAAUAGUCAUGACACAGUUUAUUUUGCACAUUGUUUUCCAUAUACAUAUACAGAUUUACAGGAUUAUUUGUUGGACUGCUCAAAUGAUCCUAUUAAGUCAAAGAUAUGUAAACAGAGAGUUUUAUGUAGAACAUUAGCAGGAAAUCUAGUCUAUGUACUCACAAUUACCUCCCCUUCACAAGCACCAGAAGAUAUCAAGCACAAAAAAGCAGUUGUGAUAACUUCUCGUGUUCACCCUGGUGAAUGCAAUGCCAGUUGGAUGAUGAAAGGCUUCCUGGAUUAUCUUACAGGCAAUUCUGCUGAUGCCAAGCUGUUGAGAGAUACUUUCAUAUUCAAAAUAGUGCCAAUGUUAAACCCAGAUGGUGUGAUUGUUGGAAAUUAUAGGUGUUCCUUAGCAGGAAGAGACUUAAAUAGAAACUAUAAAACUGUGUUGAAAGAUGCUUAUCCUUCUGUGUGGCAUACAAAAAAUAUGAUUAGAAGAUUACUUCAAGAAAGAGAAAUUAUAGUGUACUGUGAUUUACAUGGUCAUAGUAGAAAACAAAAUGUGUUCAUAUAUGGUUGUGAGAACCGAUAUUCUCCAGACAAGAGGUUAAAAGAAAGGGUGUUUCCAAGUAUGCUAAAUAAAAAUGCACCUGAUAAGUUCCAUUAUGAGUCGUGUAAGUUUAAGGUACAGAAGAGUAAGGAUGGAACAGGAAGGAUAGUCAUGUGGAAUAUGGGUAUCCUCAAUAGUUAUACAAUGGAGGCAACAUUCUGUGGGUCAACCAUGGGCAAGAUGAAAGGAUACCAUUUCAGUAUGUCAGAUUAUGAAUCGCUAGGUUUCCAUUUCUGUGAUACAUUGUUAGACUACUGUGAUCCUGACAAAACAAAGGUGAGCAAUGUAAUGUUAGAACUGGAGGAGAGGAUGAAGAGAGAGAUUAUGACCAAGUUACAGAGACAGGGUAUCACCGAUCUUAACAGUGCUGAUAUAGAUCUUAGUGAUGAAUAUGAUUCUUCAUUGGAGUCUAGUGAUGGUGGUUCAGACAGUUCUGUUUCCGAUGGUCCACCUGUACAUCUACAGUUUCAAAGGAAUUACCGAGGACAUAGGCCAUACUCCCAGUUAUCAUUAUAUCAGAGUUUUCCAGGACAUAGACCAUACACCAGGUUGUCUAUGUUUGAGCCUUUCAAUAAAAAGAAGAAGAAAUUAAAGUCAAAGAAAGAGAGAGACAGAGUCAGAAGUUCUAAGGAUGAUACAAAGAUAAAAGACAGACCGGCAUCAGAUCAGUGUGAAAAGAAGAAUCUCAGUGGCCAUCAAAGUUCACAUGCCAAGCAAGAUAAGCCUGAUGCAAAGAACGAAUCAUCAGCAGUGAAUUGUGGGAAUUCUACUAAUGCUCAAUCCCUCUAUCACUUCUACAAACAAAAGGUGAAGACUCAGUCCAUGCGGUAUAUGUCCACAUCAGCCAAUAAACGACCUAAAUCUUACGAAGUCAGUGGUGAAAAGAUGGAAGACCAAAAGGGAAAAAGGGUGUUAAGAUCUCAUGCUACAUUGUCCUACACGGCUUUACAUACUGGUCCUAGGUCUGACAAUCCAAAGGGCCCACCAUUUACUCUCAAAUGUGAGAAAUCAGAGGUUGCUCCACAGUUUUCGAAUGAGUAUUUAGAAGCAUUGACAAAUGCAUACCUGAGGAAUGGCUUCAUGAAUCAAGGAGAAAUGCCAACUCAGCCACACUUCCGCUACUCGGGAUCGGGAAAACUUUCAAAUGCAAUGCCAUUUCAAUGGGAAGGAUUGUGUCCGCAUCAUGAGCAAAAAGUUGCAGCCAGCAUCAUGGCUGCCCAGAUAUCGGACUCAGUCCAAAAUGGAGAUGCCGACUGGCUACACCACGGUAUACGGGGUCAUCCCAAGACCAUCAAACCCUUCCAACAAAAAAGUCAGGAUGAGAUAAUUGCUAAACUAUUAACGAUGCCUACAGUUGUAGGCAAUACGUUUGUACGUGUUUGGAAAGAGAGAAUACAGAGAUCUAAAAAUUUCGUCCCACCGCCACAUGGGAAUGUAGAGGAGUAUGUACGAUCACAGAUAAAUCCACAGGCCAGUAUUUCACCCAUCAGUCGGACACCAACACAGCGUCACAUCUUGGAGGUAUCUGCUUCACAACAAAGACAGCAGGAACUUCUACAGCACAGACAUUGUCAUGGUCUCUGUUCUCGGCAUGCUAGGAAAAUUGCAUAUGCUGAGAAGUUUGAGGAAAACAAAUCAGGUAAUGCCAUACGUCAACAUCCUUGUCCCUUUGAUGAAUGCACUAACAGAUUAACACCUGAUGAUGCCAAGACGGGCAGACAUCGAGCUAGUGUUCCAUCAGCUACAUUUGUCAAUUAUGAUACACCACCCACAAAUACCCAUAUGAUAGAGAAGGCAAGAAGUGAAUCAAAAAUAGAACUAUUGUCACAUUGUGAGAAUGUGGAGCAUACUGAGCCACAGACAAAUGACAUCCAACCAGAAGAAAAUGGUGUUAAUGAUGAUGCCAAAGAUGAAAGUAAGGAGAAACCAAAUGAAAGGGUAUCUUCUGGUAGAAAAAGUAGAAUGGAAUUAACCCUUCCACAAAUGGAUGUUAUCAGAAAGAAAUCUUUCCAGCUGUUUCCAAACAUUUUUGGCAUGAGAGAAAGAGAAGAAACCCAUCCAUUAAGUGUCAGUCAUCCUGACUACCUGAUUAACCCCCACAAUAGGGCAGGGAAGACUAGGGUACAGUCAGCUAAAGGGGAGAAAGAUGUAGAUAAUGCUGUAGAAAGUAUCAGAGAACUUAGACAGUCAUUGGUAUCUAAUGCUACACAACAGAACCUUAGUCCUACAACUGGAGGGUAUAUCAAGCGAUUGAUGCAGGAAACAGAUAGGGACAUCAGGGAACUUACAGAUGAAAUUAAACAUGACAUAGAGGUGAAGCGGAAGAUGGCAGAAGAUCACAAUGAUGAAGACGGGGAAAUAGAAAUACCUGUUGAACAACAAUAUGUGACAGAUAAUUCAGUUCCUGAUCAGUUUAAUCCAAACCAGAAUGCUCAACCUAAUUCUGUAUUUGAUAGAAAUAAUUAUGUACAGAUAGAUGAACUUCCUUUGACAGAAACUUUAAUGGGUAGAGGUUAUCCUGAGCAGUGGAAAAAUUUUGCAACUCAGGAUAGUUCUACAAUGACAGAUUUUAAAAAGCCACAUGGACGAAAGAAAGGAAUAGUUUCAAACUAUCCAAUGAGUGAUCGGACUUAUGAAAGAGGACCAAAAGUAUCAGGGGAUACAACUCCGGGCAAUGUAAAUAAUAAUAAUUUUAACCGUAGAAUUCCUGAUGGUACAAUAGUGGAAUCAUACCAGAUUAGUGCUUUAGAUAGGACAAAUACCUACAAAGAUAUACAUAAUUCUAAUAAUAGUGCAAGUAGUAGACACUCUAAAUCUGGUGCUAAUUAUGAUCUACGACCAAUAUCAGAUAGAAACUUUCAGGAGCAGUUUCAUAGGAAGCUGAAGAAAGGAGAGUUAAGAGAGACUAAUACAAUUCCUCCUUCUCCAAAGGAUAAUAGAAGCAGUUGUAGUCAGUCAGUUCCACCAACUGUUUCUGAUAAAUAUUUUGAGCCAUCAAACAGAGUGCGAUCAGCCAAAGGUCCACAGUCGAAACAGUUGGCUACAGUGUCAGCUGCAGAGGCUUUGCCGACAAAGAUACAACUGAUGAUAAGCCAGGACCAUCAGGAAGAAAAAUGUUUUGGAGGACAAUUUCUGCCAUUGUCAAGAACUAUUAGAGGACCAUUUUACAGAGGUGGAACAAAGAAAAAAUGAUCUUUCAUAGUGCUGAAUUUUUAUUUAUAUGCCAUUUUUCUUGUUGCCAUAAAUAGUUUUAUAAUAGUUCUGGCAUGGAUAAAAGUAAUAAAUUCUGCAAGUUCAGACAUUAAACGGAGAAAUCAGUAGAGAACAAAAAGUCAUAAAUCAGAUUUAUAUAGUGUUUUAUGGUAACAAAAAAAAAAUCAAAAUAGGAGAAUUAAUUUGUUUUUGUUUUUAUCAUUAUUAAAGUCAAGAUAGAUUUAAUGAGUUCAUUCAUGUGAUAUUAGUCCAGGAUCCAUGUAUAGUAUCUAUGCACAUUCCUCCGUCCAUUUUGUGUCUUCAUCCAUCAAUUUUAUUAGUUUUGCAGUAUUACUCAUUUUGUUCUGAAUGUGAUAUAAAGUAAAAAUUUAAUGUUUGCUAGAUAUUUAUUUAAAUUGUUUGUUAGUUGCAUUAAUGAUAUUUUUAACAUUUUUUAUUUUAUUAGCAGCUCGUAAUAAUAUUUUAUAGUGGCCUUUUCAAGACAAAUAACAUCUCAUAAAAGGUAUGGUUUUUUCUUAAGUUGUCUCUAAAAGCUUUGUGAAGGCAGAUUGAAUAAUUCCCAAAGAUCAUUUAAAAGAUCAAUGCCAAUUAAAUUUAUACAAAUUAUUUGUUUCAAUAAUUUCACGUCUGAUUAAGGAUAUGCUAAAAUAUUAAAGCCAGGGUUGGUAAUUUUAUGUCCAGAAGGGUUAUUUAUUCCAGUUACUGGUUUAUAUUUACAAUCUUUGUGACAGAUAUUAUUUAUUUUAUCGUCUUUUACAUGUGCCAAAUUUGCAUAUUUAUUUUCUUUUAUAAAUGUAACCAUUAGGUUUGUAAUUUUUGUUGUGAAUUAUAUUCUCUCUAAAUGUUAGAAAAUGAAAUAAUUAAUAUUUAAGACUAACAUUUGCUAUGAAUAGACAUGUACAUAAUAUACCUUAUUAUGAAAAGUUUUCUGCUGAUGUUCUUUUAGCAAAAGUUUCAAAACUUCGCAUACUUUUGCAAGAUGAUAACAGAAGCUCUAAUUUUAAGUUAAUGUCUUCAUCUGCUACAAAGAUGUGAACAUUUGAAAAAUUGAGAUAUUUGUUUUUGUACCUGGGUAGGUAAAAGCUGUUCAUUUAUCAUGUUUUUCACCUAUAUAUGACAUUUUAUUUGAUUACUGAAGUUAUGUAUGAAAAUUAUAGUUUUUUUUUUAUUUAUUUCAGAACCAAUUAGCUGCGACAAAAACUUAUUCUGUAUUUCAUUUAUAAUUGUUUGUUGCACAGUUCUAAUACUAUAUUCCGAUAUUUCAAAAAUGUAAGUGUCCAUCUGUCCUCCUUAAAGGCUCUCUCACCUAUGAGCUUUUAGAUGGAUUCAAUAAUUUUUUUUAGGAAAGUCAAUUUUUGCAAUGUCUUGGUCGAGCAAAAAGAACCAGGUACCAAGACAGAAUUUUAAUAUGAGGUUUAGCCUUGUGAAAUAUAUAUAAAAAAAAACAUAGAAAAUUGUCUUGAUAGACCUAAAACUUCAUUUCUGAGUGGAUUUCUACAAAAUUUAUUGGCAGUUUCAUAUUGGUAUCCUUCAAAUUGAGUAAAGCUUGAAAAUAGAUGCUGAUGAUCAAAAGAUAAAACAGGAGUAGUGGCCCUUAGAAAUAUAAAACUUAGACCGAUAACUCCAUUUCUUGGUGGAUUCCUACAAAAUUAAUAUUGGCAUCUUUCAAAUUGAGUAAAGCUUGAAAAUAGACAAAUUGGACAAAUCUCCAUUAACAAUUAGAUAGCUUUGUUAAAUCUUAAUGGAAUUUUACAAAACUUGGACAGGAGCUUCUCCAUGAUUAAGAAAUAGCAUAUGAAGAAAAAUUCUCAUUUUUAUACGACCGCAAAAAUUAAAAAUUUUUUGGUCGUAUAUUGGUAUGACGUUGGCGUUGUCGUCGUCGUCGUCGUCGUCGUCCGGCGUCGUCCGAAGACACAUUGGUUUUCGCACUCUAACUUUAGUUUAAGUGAAUGGAUCUCCAUGAAAUUUCACCAUAAGGUUCAAUACCACAAAAGGAAGGUUGGGAUUGAUUUUGGGGGUUAUGGUACCAACAGUUAAGGAAUUAGGGGCCAAAAAGGGGCCAAAAAUAAGCAUUUUUGUAACUUUCAGACAAUAACUUGUGUGUAAGUGUAUGGAUCUCUCUGACAUUGUACCACAAGGUUCCAUAUCACAAAGGGAAGGCUGUAAUUGAUUUUGGGGGUAAUUGCCUCAAAAUUUUAGGAAUUAGGGGCCAAAAAAGGGGCAAAAAACAAGCAUUUUUCUAGUUUCAUGACAAUAACUUGUGUGUAAGUGUUUGGAUAUUUCUGAAAUUGUACUACAAGGUUACAUAUCACAAAGGGAAAGCUGGAAUUGAGUUUGGGGGUAAUUGCCCGAAACGUUUAGGAAUUGGGGGCCAAAAAGGGGCCAAAAAUAAGCAUUUUUCUAGUUUCCAGACAAUAACUUGUGUUCAAGUGUAUGGAUCUCUCUGAAAUUGUACUGCAAGGUACCAUACCACAAAGGGAAGGCUGGGAUUGAGUUUGGGGGUGAUGAAUCAUAAGGGAGUUCAAAAAAUUUGGG